GUAGAAGAAGAAGGAGGAGGAGAAGAAGAAGAAGAAGUAAACAGGACACAGGACACAGAUCACCUUGUUGCACCAUGCAGCUGUUUACCAAAGCUCUGUGUGUUUCUCCACGUGUGUGUCACCUCGCAAACUCACAGUUCAACGCGGCGGCGGCGAACAGAACCGGAAGCCUCUGGAACCAGCUGAGGAGCUUGUUUCACCUCCCGGCAGUUGGUCCUCUCUCUGAACACACGCGGCCCGGCCGGACUCCUCCCCGCCGCCCUGCGAACACAUGCCUGACAUCAGGUCUCCUGUGUCAGUGGUUUGAGAGCAGAUAUGACGGCGACAUGUGGAGGAGAAACAUCCACGUGACACCACCAGGGCUCGAGAAAUCCAUCACAAGUGAGCUGUCAGAAGCGGCAUAUGAGAAACUGGCAGAGGAGACGUUGGAGGCUCUCGCAGAGUACUUUGAAGACAGGAUGGACGAUCCUUUCACUGGGGCGGACUAUGACGUCGUCUUCUCUAGUGGUGUGUUGACGGUGAAAGUGGGCGGGGACCACGGCACCUACGUCAUCAACAAACAAACCCCGAACAGACAGAUCUGGCUUUCUUCGCCCACCAGCGGACCAAAGCGCUACGACUGGACAGGUGAGCGUUGGGUCUACGCUCACGAUGGUAUGAGCCUCCACCAGCUGCUUUGCAAAGAGUUUUCCAUCAUCUUCGACAAAAACAUGGACCUCUCUCAUAUGCCUUAUUCCUGAGACCCCCCCAUCCCCCUCACCUACUGACGACCUGCUCAUUGUACAACUACUGUUCCAUCGUAUUGGAGCCAAAGACCCACAACUAUUGUAUAUAUAUAUGCUCCAUCUCCACAGUACAUUAUAAACUACUGUGAAGCCUUUAAGAGAACAGCUGCUGUUAACUUCUGUGACAAUGUUACACAUUUCCAUGAAAUACAUGUGGAGUUAUCCCAUAUUCAGUUCCAAUAUAAUCUCACCAUGUCAACAUCUAAUUAGUUCUGAACGUCACCGGAUCCCCAGCAACAUUUUGUUGUUUUUCAUUUGAUCCAGUUCAUUUUGUUGCUGAUUUUAAUUUAUUUUAAUGUGUUCGGGACCAUACGGAGUGGUAAACGUUAAAGGGAACAUUGUACCAGAGUCAGUCUAAAGCUCAGCGCCGUCGGGAUCUUAAAGUAUCGGCCGAUAUUAUCGGUCGGGCUCUAGUCCUGACUGAACUUUAGGUUUACCUCUGGGUUUUCAGUCCUAUGAAGCUGGUUCACCUUCUCACCGUGGUAACGUACACUUCACGUCGACCCUGUUCCAGAGCAUUGGACACUUUUACGAACCGAUCAUGCUGAUAUUUGUUCUUUUUGCUCCUCUGUAGCUUCUCCCAGUUCUAAGUAAAUUCACAUUUCUUGUUUUGAUUGUUCUUUUAGGGUUUCUGUUAAUUCAUGAGUGAAGUGUGUCUGUAUAUACUAAAGACAAUCACAAGAUUAUUCUUAAUUCUCCACAUAUUUUAGCCGUUUACUGUAAUAGGAUGAUUGUUCUCAUCCUCUUAAUUUAUUCAAUAUCAGCCAAGUCGUUCAGUUUAGUAACCUCAACAAUGUACAGAGAACCGUUCACUCACAUCAUAAUUCAUGUUCCAGCAAAUAAAGCAGAACAAGAGCGUUUUGGAACUUGGUGACUUGAACCUGCAAGAUGAUUGAACUGAACAGUUGCAGACUGCAGCUCUCUACAUGAUUCUUGAGUUCAAUUCAAUAAAGCGAUUUGAAACCAA